AUGGCAGAUGUCCCGAAAGGCGGCAGAAUCGUGCCUAUAAUCGCCCCUCAUCAGCAGAGCCAUUCCGAUGGGAGCUUGCAGGCGAUCAACGACCCCAAGCACGAGAAGCCGCCGGAACAAGGUUCCCAGGACUCCCAACGUCAGGGUACCAAAAAUACACGCAUCAAGGUAGAGACAGAGACCUUGGAGCUCCCCAGCCUCAGUCGACUAGGGCUUUAUGCGCUUCCGACGGAGGGUGACGGCAAUUGCCUCUACUACGCGUUAUCUGACCAAUUGUACGGAGACUUCAACCAUGCCGACCACAUCCGAACGCGUCUCGCGGAUCACAUAUUUGCCCACCCGGAGUACUUCAUGAACUUCAUAGCCCCUGCUGGUGGGGAGCGGAGAGCUCCUAGACGCGCGGCAGCUGAGGCAGCUCGAAACUCCUACUGCUCGUCCUCGUCCGCCAGCCCUGUCCCUGGUCCGACCGCCAAGGAUAAAGAACAAAGUUUCAAUUCCAGAGUCGCCGAAUCACGGAAGAACGGCGUCUGGGGGGGAGCAGAGGAGAUACAAGCCUUUUGUCAGUCGUUCAAGAAAGAUGUCAAAGUCUAUACAGAUUACGGAGUCCAAGAUUUUCGCGACGUAAAUGCUCCGGUGGAUGAACAAAGGGAAAUCAUGCAUAUUGCCUUCCACGAUUUCCAUCACUAUUCCUCUGUGCGUCAUUGCGAUGGUCCACAUACGGGCUUGCCGCGCAUCCCUAAAGCAGAGGAAUUAGCACAAACCGCGACUGCGCGAUCUGAAAGUGGCGUAGUCAAUGUCGCUUCUCCGUGGAAAAUAUCAGCCAUUCAGGAAGGCCUCGGUGACAGUUAUAACCGUGAAACUAUUGUGGAAGUACUCGAGCAAUGUCGAGGGAACAUAGAUAAUGCUUUUAUGAACCUGAUUGGUGACGAUGCCAAUGCUCACCCACCAGAAGCCACCGCUUCCCGAGCGAUUAUGAAGUCACGGUUUCAGCCAUCUUCGCGGUCCUCAUCCCCUCUUAGCAUCGGAAGUAAACGCUCAGCCGAUGACACUGAUGAAGAAGACAAUCCGCGACCGGCUUCACGGCGCUCCCGAGUCCGUGAACAAAAACGGCGGAUCCUGCCGGAUGUGACAGUGGGGAUAGCAUUUCGAGACGACCGAAAUGACCUCGUCUCCUUGCGUCUUCGGGUAAGCCCCGAUAAGGCCGUGCCAAAGUCGCCAGCCGAUAGUGGCAGAGAACAAACAGAGCCCAGUUCAUCCGAUUCACCUGAAAACAGCUUGGUUCUCCCAAAGAAGGGUAGAAGAUUAAAGCUUAGAUGCAAACAACCCGCAGAUGCUAGUGAGACCUCAAGCCCACAAAGCGAGCCAAACCCAACCGAGCAAAAGCUACGCCGGAGCCAGCGCAUCACUCGAAGCCGCAAUGCCCAUUAA